AUGGUACAUGUCGCGUGUGCUAUCAUGUUAUACUUUUUCUGGUUCGAGAAAACAUUUGAUAUCAGAGGGAAUCGCAAACUUGAGCAUCCUAAUGUUGACCUCCAGAGCGCUGAUGCCCGGCUUGGGCAUGUAUACAAAAGCCACGGCAAUCUUGCGAACUUUUCUAGCUCUGCUUUGCUCAGUCUUGAGCAGGAUCACAAGGGAGGCUCUCACUAUUACACCUUUUCCCACCUUUUGGAACACCUCAAAGGAAGGGUGUAUCUGUUUCUCGUGCAGACACUUGUACCGGCGAUUUAUGGCAGCAUCCACUUGCUGGCUUGGGACUUUAACUUUCCAACUCAAAUUGAGGCUCUAUUAUGGAAGGUUUCUUCACUCGCGAUGGUUCUCACAAUGCCGGCAUGCAUUGCUGGGCAGCUUCUUAUGACCGCCGUGGGACAGCUUUUUGAAGCGUUCGAGAACAUCACAGUUCGAAACGACGUUCGUGACAAGCUGCUGGUCAUGGUAAUGCUCGUCCUGGAAGUGUUGCUAUAUGGUACUUUAGGUGCGGGAAUUCUGUAUAUUGUGGUGGAAUCCUUCGUCAGUCUGAGAGCCGUACCACUGGGCGUUUACUACACACCGUCAUGGAUUCAGAUGAUACCACACUUCUAAGAUCUUUGGAUAGGUACCUUAGCUUUAUCGUUCAACAUCAGAACUCGCCACUACCCACAUCGAAUUCUC